CAGUAUUGCGAGGGGCUGCGUGACCCAUUAAUUGUGUAUGACUCCCACGAUCCGUACUCGAACAUGUACGAUAUGGUUGAAAAGCUCACAUUUCACAGGUACCACGUCAACCCUUUCGAUGUCACGCCAACGACUACAUCGGACAGUCUUUUGAUAGAUGGUAUUGGGCGUCAUUUUGGAGGGCCAAACUCUACACUAGCUGUCAUCAACGUUGUCCAAGAGAAGUGGUAUCGUAUUCGACUGUUAAACACAGGGUGCAAACCUUGUGCAACAUAUGUAUACCGCAAUUCACCAUCAUCUGAACAAUAA